AUGAAGAGGAACUUCACUGACAGCUCAACCCGUACUACAGCAGGCUGCUUACCUGUGCCGCUGUUCAACCAGAAAAAGAGAACCAGACAACCACUGACUUCAAACCCACUUAAAAAUGAGUCAAGUACCAGCAACGCAGCAGACACUUUGGACCUUUCUACCAUGCUAGCAGAUUUUGGCUGGGAAGCUGCAAAGCCAGAACCAACUCAGCUACAGAAAACAACAGGUGUUGAGUUCUUUUUUGCUGCGCGUUAUCGGACUUCAGGGACGGAUCGGGGACGGAAAGCACCAUCCUAUCAAAUCAGACUGAAAGAAAAAGACAAUUCUCUCAGAAUCCUCUCUGCUGUCAUUGAGAGUAUGAAGCACUGGAGCCAGUAUACCAAUAAAGCACCACUGUUGUUUGAAGUAUUAGGUAUUCUGGAUUCUGCAGUUACCCCUGGACUGUAUGGUGCAAAGACUUUCCUUUUGAGAGAUGGGAAGGAGAGUGUCUCAUGUGUAUUCUAUGAGAUUGACCGGGAACUCCCACGAUUAAUCCGAGGUCGGGCCCAUAGGUGCGUGGGAAAUUAUGACACAAGCCGGAAGCUCUUCAGGUGUGUCUCUGUAAGACCAGCCAGUGUUCCUGAACAACAAACUUUUCAAGAUUUUGUCAGAAUUGCAGAUGUUGAGAUGCGUGAAUAUGUGAAGGCAAGCAAUGAAGUUUAA